AUGCCGCACAGCGAGGACUACGGAUCCGACGACGAUGACACCUUGUUCAUAGCGGCGGCUACACAAGUGGAAGCAUCUCAGCAUCAUGGCUUCGAGAAUAGCCCUCGACCCGCGAAACGGCAACGGACAGGGCCAGGUCCUUCGCAAGUUGAUGGGCCAGCUUCGCAAGAGCUCGAAUGGAGCGGAACGGAUGAUGAGGCACCAAGUCUGCCCAAGCAUACCGAUGGAGGUAGUACUUUACCGACACAGGACCGCACAGCUUCAGACAGCGAAGCGGAAGAAGAUCCGGAGUACUACUUCCCUGGCGAGCUUGGGGAGGAUGGAGGUGAAGCUGCUGCGAAGCAGUCGAAGUACAGGAUACAUGCGCCGGUGAAUGGGGCCCAGUUCCCGGAUCAGAUCUUCACACAGACGCAGGUUGGUCUUGAUUCAAGUCCAAGCCAUUUCCGAGGAGCGGUCUGGAAACGGCCAAAACCUCCACCUCCUGCACCUCCUUUGUUUGGAGAGAGGCCAAGUACUGGUAAUGGUGUCGGACAAGUCAAUGGCAGGUUCAUGAAGGGGGCAGUCGGUUCUAGGCAGACCACAUUGAACAAUCUGCAACAGAACCGCACUGUUGCCCGCGGCAUGACUUAUCAAAGCGAUGCGCAACUCGCAGCACGCUUGCAGGCUGAAGAGGAGACAAUACAUCGUCGGACGAAUCAGUCUCGCCCGGCAGACAACAGCAUAGGCCAGCACGCUGUAUCACAUGAGCUGGAAGAUCUGCCUUCCGAUGCAUUCUCUUCCUCCUCUCCGGAGAAGUCGCCGCAGAAAGAUAUCAUUGAGAUCUCCUCGCAGUACACGGCCUCGCAAGCUCCAGUCCAUGGGAUGCGCGGCCCUCAACACGGUCUCAAGCAGAUGACCAUCUUUGGCCAGGCUGCUACUCAAGAACUUUCGACCACUCAAACAGCUAACAAGAAGCACGCUUGGCCGCUUAAGAACAAGGAAGAGAAGCCUACCCAUCACAAGCUGGACGACAAGGCCAUGGAGACAUGGGUCUAUCCCACGAAUCUAGGCACUAUCAGAGAUUACCAGUACAACAUUGUAUCACGCAGCCUGUUUCACAACACUCUAGUCGCACUGCCCACAGGUCUGGGAAAGACCUUCAUAGCAGCAACCGUCAUGCUGAACUACUUCCGCUGGACGAAGGACGCCCAGAUCGUGUUCAUGGCCCCCACCAAACCGCUCAUCGCACAGCAGAUGGAAGCUUGCUACAACAUUGUUGGCAUCCCUCGCCACGAGACUGUGCUCAUGACUGGCGAGACUCAACCUGCACGGCGCGCCGAAGAGUGGCUGGAGCGGCGGGUCUUCUUCAUGACACCUCAGACUGUGAUCAACGACCUCAAGACUGGCAUUUGCGAUCCGAAGAAGAUCGUUCUCAUUGUUGUGGACGAGGCACAUAAGGCCACAGGAGCAUACGCCUAUACUGAGGUUGUCAAGUUCAUGCACAGGUUCAACAACAGCUUCCGCAUUCAGGCAUUGACGGCUACACCUGGCUCCACUGUUGAGUCAGUGCAAGCGGUAAUCGACAAUCUUGGUGUUUCAAGGGUCCAGCUUCGAACCGAGCAGUCCCUCGACAUCAGGCAAUACACGCAUCGCAAGAACACAGAGACCGAGCUUUUCGACUACAGCGACGAGCAGAUACUCAUCAUGGAGCAUAUGAGCAAGGCAUUGAAGCCUGUGCUGGACAAGCUAUGUACGCAGAAUGCUUACUGGCAACGUGAUCCGAUGGGCCUCACACCGUACGGCUUGACGACCGGACGCCAGAAGUAUAUGAGCUCUGACGCUGGUCGGAAGGCUGCCAUGCCGAUUAAAGGGAUGGUGAAUGCCUUGUUCACUGUCUUGAUGAGUGUAGCGCACAGCAUCCCGUUGCUGAAGAACCAUGGCAUUGGGCCUUUCCAUUCGAGCGUUCGUGAUUUCCAACGAAAGGUCGACAGCGGCGAGAUGAAGGGCAAGUACGCCGCGCAGAUCGUGCAGUCGGAAGACUUCACCAAAAUGAUGAGCCACAUCCGCAGCUGGACGAACAAUCCCGACUUUAUCGGCCACCCAAAGCUGCAAUAUCUGCGAGAAGUCGUGUUGAACCAUUUCCUGGACACCGGUGAAGGCAUGCAAGGGUCUGUGGUGCCGCCAUCUGCCACCCGUGUCAUGGUGUUUGCCUCUUAUCGCGACAGUACGGAGGAGAUAUGCCGUGUACUCAAGCGCAAUGAGCCGAUGAUCAGACCGCAUGUUUUUGUCGGACAAGCAGCAAGCAAAGGAAGUGAAGGCAUGGAUCAGAAGCGCCAAAACGCAGUUAUCCAAGACUUCAAGAGCGGCAAGUACAACACUCUGGUGGCCACGUCCAUUGGUGAGGAGGGUCUGGAUAUCGGCGACGUCGAUCUCAUUGUGUGCUAUGAUGCCUCUGCGAGCCCCAUUCGCAUGCUGCAGCGCAUCGGUCGAACCGGACGCAAGCGCGUGGGUCGUGUACAACUACUGCUGAUGAAAGGCAAAGAGGAGAACGACUACGCCAAAGCGCAGGACAACUACAGCUACAUCCAGAAGACCAUUGCGGACGCCAGCAAGUACACAUAUCACGAAGACAAGAGUCCAAGGAUCCUUCCGAAGGGUGUUCAGCCGGUGGUGGACAGGCGUGUCAUUGAGAUUCCCGUCGAGAACAGCCAGCCCAUCGAUCUGAGCGAGAAGUCGAAAAAGGCAAAGGGUAAAGGGAAGGCUAAGCGGCCACCGAAGAAGUUUCACAUGCCUGAUGGCGUGCGCACUGGUUUUGUCAAGGCGUCAAGAAUGGAGUCUGACGACAGCGGAAGCGAGGAGAACACUGCUCCGAAGAAGAGGGCACCGGCCAAGAAGAAAGCAACGCCAAAGGCCUCGAAGGCACCGGUGGAGCGCAUCCUUGAACCCGCGCAACUGCCAUUCUUGGAAGAUGUGUUGCUGACCCGAGUCCAGCAAAAGGACUUGGAGAGGAAGUAUGCCCAUACCGCUGAUGAUGACGAGGCGGACGGGGUGAUACGACCUCCGGAUACAGACAAAUCUUUCACCAGCUGGACAUUGUUGGGUCGCACGAAGUAUGUUCCGCACAGUCGAGCAACUCAUGCUGUGGAGAAAGCAUUGAAGGCUAUACGCUCGAUCGACGACGAGAAGCUUGCAAGGUGGAAGACACUUGCAGGGCAGCAGGACGAUCUGCUGGCUAGCCACCAAGAUGCCCGCCGAAGGAUCGUCAGCCCAGCAGCUCGAAGGCGCAGCUUUGAACGCGACCUACCUGCCGACUCCACGACACCAGUAGUCAAGAAAGCCGCCACCAAAGGCCGCUCAAAGAAGGAAACACCAGCCCAACGCACGAAGUCGUUCCAGUCCAAUGCCACAGCCUCAGACAACGACCUACCCGUUGCGAAGAAACCGCGCGGCCGUCCACGAAAGAACCAGCCACUCGCCCGAACGGCUUCUUAUGGCUCUGCAGCCGCCGAAGGUGCUGAGUCCUCACCAGAGCCCACACCAGCACACCUCCGCAUCGGUACGCAAGGCAUCGAUCUUGGAACCCAAGACACCAGCGGCGAAGACGACGACGAGGAGCCCGACAGCGAGCUCGAGGAGUUUGUCGUUAGGAGCGACCAGCCGAUCGAGAUGGCGAGCUCGUCGCAGCGGCUGCCGGACGAUACGCAGCCGCCGCGCCCGCAGAAAAAUCUGCGGCUGAAGAAGAAGGCAGAGCGGCCGACUGUACUGUUUUCAGAGGAUGAAGUUGAAGAUGAUGAUCAUGAGCUUGGCUUAAACGAUUUCAACGAUAUUGUUGAUGACGACAGUGAUGACAUACAGGAGGUCGAUGCGCCGCAGGCUGCUACUGGUGCAACGAGGCGGAAGAAGAAGAAGACAAGGGUUGUCGAGAGCGAUAGCGAUGAGUGA